CCGGCUACAUGCUCCAUAAAUUAGAGCUACUGCGGAUGGGAUUGAUGGUCGCCGAAGCCACACGCUCAAUUUCAACUUUGUCAAUUGGGCGACGAUCUCAAGCGCCGGUGAAAGAGGUCUAGAAAUGGAUGGAGAGCAGAAAUUGUUUCACUUUGAUGAUGUCUCCAAGCACAGCGCCACCAAGGAUUGCUGGCUCAUUAUCGAUGGAAAGGUUUAUGAUGUGACUCCAUUUAUGGAUGAGCAUCCUGGUGGUGAUGAAGUCCUGUUAGCAGCUACUAGGAAAGAUGCAACCAAUGAUUUUGAAGAUGUGGGUCACAGUGACUCCGCAAGAGAUAUGAUGGACAAAUAUUGCAUAGGAAAGAUCGACGCCUCAACGAUUCCGGUGAAGCACUCCUUUGCACUGCCGGAGCAACCUCCCUACAAUCCCGACAAGACCUCGGACUUUGUCAUCAAGAUACUGCAGUUCCUGGUGCCUAUCUUGAUACUUGGCCUUGCCCUUGCUGUCAGAUACUACACCAAAGCUGAGUGAAGCUUUGCAAGAGGAGAAGCAGUUUCAGGAUUUCAACUAAAACUAGUUGUUUAACUAGAUUUUGUCAUUGAUUUGUGACUGCUUUGAAAUAGACUUGAUGCGUUAAAAGAAUGAAUGCUUCUAUU